GCGGGCCCGGCGGGGGAGCUUCGGGGCGGGGCUGCGCGCCCGAUCUGCGUGAGCACGGCGGUUUUGGGGGAAACGGCCUGCGCUGCGUGUGUAACGGAGCUCAAGAGCAAACAGCUUCUGUCUCUGCCGGUGGGGGUGUUAGGUGCGGCCCAUCUUCCUCAGCUUCACCCUCACGCUUCAUUUGCGGACGGGCUAAGGAGAGCCCUGCCUGCCCGUGCCGCCAUUCCUGUUCCCCUCUCCCUCCGCACUGUGGGCAGUCCCGCCUACUCGGGCCACAGCUCAGAGCUGCCGGAAGUCGUGCCGGAUCUACCGGAGGUCUCGCGUAGACUGCGCCUGCGCGCUGGCCUCAGAGCUCCCCGUCCCCCGCCGUCGCCAUGCCGAAGGUGGUAUCGCGCUCCGUCGUCUGCUCCGACACCCGCGACCGCGAGGAGUACGACGAUGGCGAGAAACCGCUGCACGUCUACUACUGCCUGUGCGGGCAGAUGGUGCUGGUGCUGGACUGCCAGCUGGAGAAGCUGCCCAUGCGGCCGCGGGACCGCGCCCGGGUGAUCGACGCCGCCAAGCACGCGCACAAGUUCUGCAACGCCGAGGAGGAGGAGACCGUCUUCCUGCGCAGGCCCGAAGGCAUAGAGCGGCAGUUCAGGAAGAAGUGUGGCAAGUGUGGAUUACUGCUUUUCUACCAGCACCAACAGAAGAAUGCUCCAGUGACUUUCAUCGUUGAUGGUGCUGUGGUCAAGUUUGGACAGGGCUUUGGGAAAACCAACAUAUAUACUCAGAAGCAAGAACCUCCCAAAAAGGUGAUGAUGACCAAACGGACCAAAGACAUGGGCAAGUUCAGCUCUGUUACUGUUUCCACAAUCGAUGAAGAAGAGGAGGAGAUUGAAGCAAGGGAGAUUGCAGAUUCCUAUGCACAGAAUGCAAAAGUGAUUGAGAAACAGCUGGAACGCAAAGGAAUGAGCAAAAGAAGGCUACAGGAGUUGGCUGAGUUGGAAGCCAAGAAAGCCAAGAUGAAAGGAACACUGAUUGAUAACCAGUUCAAAUGAAGCACUCCACAUCUGCUGUGUCUUUGGAGACAAAUGAAGCGACCAGAAACUAUGCAGGUCUGUCAGCAAAGACAGCAUUCAACAAGCUUGGAAGAUGACUCUCCGGUGUAGUUGGUACUCUGCUAUGAAUUUCAGUACUUGGAACAGCACUAGAAAUCUUGUGGAAACUGAAUCUCUACACAAUGGCAAGCUGUUGCAGCCAGAAAAUCUUUGCUGGGUGCCUUUGUGAGUUCAGUGCACUUUUAAGUACUUGUCUUUUCAUUUUGAUGGUUUUGAAACGUGUAAGAAACCCAUAAAUGUAUUAGACAGGUCAACUGUAUAGCAAAAUCAUUACAAAAGUGAGCUUUGUUCACUGGGAUAAUUUAAAAUGCAUCCAAAACAUGCAGCAUUCUUAGAGGUGUGCCGUUUCAGGGCAGGCUGGAAUGGCUCAGGAGGUUUGGGGCUACGAGCAGCAGGCAGGCUGUUGCAGGUAACCAGUACAUGCUUGGCCAUGGCUCUAAUUCUUAGCCACUGUUGAACACUGGAAAACUGCAGCUGUAUGGAAUUACACUGAUGGCUACGGGAACAUGAAAUCCAGCCCUGUUUUAUACUGCUGAAAACAAAACCUGCCAGAGUAUUACACCUCCCAGGAGUAUAAAUGUGUUGCUGGAAAGUACUGAUGUGACUGCUGGUCACUUAAAGCAGAGUUCACUUGCAUCUCUGAAUUCACCAGCUGUUGGAAUUGUAGAACAUGAAGAAAACUGUUUUCAGUACAUUGACACUUAGAGACUUGGACAAAGACAACGUUAAGAAUCACUGCGUGAAAUAACUUGUUUGGGAAACAGGUUUUUUUAAUCUUAUGUGAUGUAAUAACAGUGGUCCCUAGCCUGUGUCACUGUUACUUGGGAUUAAAUGCCAUUUAGUGGAUCUGAACUAAAAUACUUUUCCUGGGGUGUUCUUACUCUCCUGAAUAUGACAACAUGGCAGCUAAGCAAUAUACAAAGUGCUUCAUUUCACACAGUUCUUACAAAAGAUUCUUUAUAAUCAGUAUAGGUUUUCCAUCUGACUUGAUAACCUUAAAUGGGAAAACUUGGGUCUGCUUAGAUUAGGGAUGCAUACCUCUUUCCUUGGGAAGAUAGGAUGGGAAGGUGAGAAAGAGCUGCUGCAGAGCAGGCAGCCUGGAUGGGGUCAGCUCUGGAAGGCAGGGGCCUGCGUGCUGAUUUAAUGCCAGGUGGGGUAAGCACAUAUUCAAGUUAACUUGAGCAGUGCUGACCUUAUUCUGUGCUGAUCUUCAGCUAAUCCAAAGUCUAUUUCUAGAGCAAUCAUAAGGCAGUGGAUGUGUAAUAAUUGGGAAGGGGAUGAGAGGGUGCAGCCUUACCCAGAACAUUGGAGCUGCCCAAGCCCUAAAGAACGUGAAGCUGGUCUCCCUCGGCCAAGGAAAUGUUUCUCCAGGACCCAGAGAAAGGGCAGAAGAAAGAUUUCAUUCUUACAUGAAGUGCUGCUGAAUUCAUCUGCCUGCUCUCUUGGAACUAGGUUUACUUUAUGGCUAGCACCUGUACUUUAAUGUCUUUAUAAAUCCAAUUUUUUUUUUCCAAGUAGGAGCCAGAGAUGGAUGCUAGCAUUGAUAUUUGAAAAUGAGUGUUGAACAGUGUGAAGUCUUCUGGGAUGCAAACUUCACUGUCUGCAGUUGUCAUAAACGAUGAGGUGUGGCUCUGCUUCGAGACAGUCCAAGAACAAAAGCCCACUGCAGACCAGUGUUAUUUGUGCACCUUCCUGCAGAAUCACAGGAGCUGACUGCUCGAGUGUGUUGCUGGCUUGGGUACCAACUGUUAACCCUGGGUUCUGCCUAGACCUAUAGCUGGGGUGUGAGUUGGUUAGGGUUGGGAGUGGAGAACUGCCAGUGGAAGUGGGGCUGCCAAAGCCAGGUAAGCAGCAGGGAAAAAACAGAAAAGAAAAGAAGAAAAGCCACCCUCUCCUAAGAACCUGUUAAAUACAGUGGUUUUAAGUCUUGGGCUAUGAGUCAGCCAACAGUUCAGUAAAGUUCAGAUUUGGGGUUAAGGCCAGGAGUGACAAAACACAGGACUUCAGCCAAAGUGUGAACAGGAUCUGCUGGCAGGGCUGCGAAAGUCUGCAAUUUGAUGAGGCACAAAUAAAACCUGGUGACCAGCGGCUCAGCGCAGGUUGUCCAGAGUAGCUAUUAACACUGUCAUCGAGUUCUCCAGCUGCAAAUCUCAAGCCUUAAAGGCAGUGUUAGCAGCACAACAAAAGUACUCUCUCACUUUUAAAAUACCAGGCCAUGCACAUCAGGUGUUUGUUGCCUUUUUGUAAUGACAGCUGUGCCUCCCUCAUCUCAGGACUCUCACAGACUCAAAAAGAGAACUGAGCAUUCUGCCAACCUCACCGACUCUUAGAUGUUUUUAAUGCAGUAGUUACACAACGUGUGGCUGGAACAUCUACAGAACAGAGACUGACAUGGUACAUUAUUAAACGUGCAUUUCUGAACGAGUCUAACUCCAUCUAGGUCACAAAGAUUUAAAUCAAGCUGAAGUUGCAUUUCUAGAGCUAAAUGAGCUAAAAGAUGUUAUCUGACAACAGCAACAGGAAGCAGGGGCUCCUACUUCAAGUCCUCAAUUCAGAACAAAAAGCACCUUAGCAGACUAAAUAGCUAUUGUGUACAGUUUCUUACACCCAAGCAGUAAGCAGCAGUGUUGAGAUCAGACAAAGGAUGGAUUUUGUGCUCCUGCGAAAGCUAGCCCUAGUUUUUAUGUCUGUGUAAAUAUAGGUAGGUAACAGUGGUUUGUUUUGGUGGUGGUUGUUAUUGUUGAGCUGAGCUUUUCUGUAAGAACUUGUCUGGAUGUGGAGGUACUGCAAGGCAGCAUGUGAAUUAAAAAUGGAGGGGCAAAUCUGUUCCAAAAGUAAUGUAAAUCUGUUCCAAAAGUAAUGUCACACGUGGCCAUUUUCAACACUGAUGUGUUUCAUGGGUUUGUCUAGUCCAAUUUCCGAGAGCCUUAGGAGCAACGUGGUCUGAGUUGCUGUGUUGGAACAGUUCUGCGUGGAGUAAUGCUGCCUUAUUCCUUAUGAUGUGUGAAAUAAAAC